GUGUUUUUGUGUUGUCAUCAAUCAUGGCAGCCGAGGGAGAUUUUCUGACGCGCUAUCGAGCUGUGUCAAAUAAACUGAAAAAGCGAUUCCUGCGGAAACCAAAUGUCGCCGAAGCCAGCGAGCAAUUUGGUCAGUUAGCCAAAGAGUUGAAGCAACAGGACUGCCUUCCAUAUGCGGCGUUCUGUAACUUGGCGAUGGCUCGCCCCAUACUCACCGCCAGAGGUGAGGUCACGGUCUCGGUGCCCCCUUGCUGGUUUCAACAACACCCACCACCGCCCCUGUGUAGGUGCGAGCAGACGCUGUUCAACGCGCCCGGGGAGGCCCUGGCGCUCACGGACGCCGCGCGCCUCUUCCUGCAGGCGGAGCAGGAGCAGCGGCAGCUGCAGGCGCCGGGGUUUGACGAACACCUGCAGGCAGCGCUGAACUGCUACAGCUUCGCCGUUAAGGUUUACAUCGAGAUGAACCAGCCCGUCAUGGCUGCCAGUUUGUGCCUGGAGUUGGGCAAUGCCCUGAAGGAGAUGAAUAAGCCGGGUGAGGCCAUCAUCCAUUUCCAGAGAGCGUCGGAGCUGCAGACCCAGAUGCCCAUCGAGUCCCUGCUGUCACAGUGGGAGGUGGCCUCCUGCAAGAUACUCACCCGUGAUUAUGACGGUGCGCUGGCCGUGCUGUCUGAGAUGCAGCUGGCCUGUCACGAGAGAGCGCCCCUCCUACCUGGCACCAACACUCCCGUUGGAGCGUUCACGGACCUGAUGGCCAAGUGUGAGAUCUCCAGAGUACUGCUUCUCAUGCUGCUAGAGCCUCCACCACAGAAGCUGCUUCCAGAGCAUGCCCAGACUCUGGAGAGGUACGCCUGGGAAUCCUUUGACUCGCACAGCCAAGUGAACUUCCUCCCAGAAAAUGUGUUCCUGCUCCUCCAGUCUGUCGUGAUGGCAUGCCAAGAGAAGGACAUUGAGUCACUGAAGUAUCUGCAGACAGAGUUAUGGCCUCUCCUCUCUGCGGACCACAAUCACCUACUCCAUUUGGUGCUGCAGGAGAGGAUCUCCCCCUCUGGCCAGGGUGUUUAGUUUGACCCAAACCCCAUCCUAAGUUCCAACCCAGGCUGCAUCUAACAUUCCACAGCACAGUUCCCCCUUUACUGUCCCGCCACCCCUACGGAAUCCUGCACAGUGGAACAUUCCAGCCUCCCUCUCCUGUCUGGUGCAGAUGGAACACUCGUGAUUUCUCCAUUGUCUUGUAGAAUGUCGAGGAAAAUUCUACACAAAAAAAAGCUGUGGAUAUGAAUCAUUCGCACUUGCCUUUAGCUGUGUUGUGUGAACCCCUAAACAGACAUGUGCAGUGCCAUGUUCUGGUUCAUGAGAUCAUGUUGUUUUUAACAUAAGAUGGCCACCCCUGUAUGAUUGUCCUCUGCUGCCUGGUUGCAGUAGGAGUCCCACCAUCUUGUGUGCCUGCUGUAUAUGCGCAGUGUUUUGUGUAUCUGCGUACGUCUUGACUGUCGGCUCAGGCCUACAACAGUAGGCCGAGCUGUGACGCUUACUGGAGAUUAUAUAUUUAUUGGGGAAGUUUUAUUUCAGAAGAGUUAUCGAGAUCUAUAAAUGUAAAUGUAAUGUGUACAUAGGAAGAUUAAACGUGAAAAACAAAACACUA